GUCGCUGUGCCCGCUGUGGGGAGAAUGUUGUUGGAGAAGGCACUGGUUGCACGGCCAUGGACCAGGUCUUCCAUGUGAAGUGUUUCACCUGCAUGAAGUGCAACAACAAGCUGAGGGGACAGCCUUUCUAUGCAGUGGAGAAGAAAGCCUACUGUGAACCCUGCUAUAUUAAUACACUGGAGCAAUGCAGUGUCUGUGCAAAGCCCAUCAUGGAAAGGAUCCUCCGAGCCACUGGGAAGGCCUAUCAUCCCCACUGUUUCACCUGUGUGAUGUGCCAUCGCAGCCUGGAUGGGAUUCCCUUCACCGUGGAUGCUGGUGGGAACAUCCACUGCAUCGAGGAUUUCCAUAAGAAAUUUGCCCCAAGAUGUUCUGUGUGUAAGGAACCCAUCAUGCCAGCCCCAGGACAAGAAGAGACUGUACGCAUUGUUGCCUUGGAUCGUGACUUCCAUGUCCAGUGCUACCGAUGUGAGGACUGUGGUGGCCUCCUGUCUGAAGGGGAUAACCAGGGCUGUUACCCUCUGGAUGGGCACAUCCUUUGCAAGACCUGCAAUUCUGCUCGGAUCCAGGCUCUGACUGCCAAGGCCAGCACUGAUCUCUGA